AUGUUGCUAAAAGCAAAUGACGAUAAUUCUAUUAGUCUAAAGCAAAUUUCAAAUCUUGGUUAUUCAACAAUCUCUGCAACAAAUGGCCAGGAAGCGGUUAGAUUGAUUGAUUCGGAGUUUAAAUUGUUAAAUAAUGUAUAUUCAAGUUUAUCUAGUUCAGAUAUAGAACAAAUAAAUUCCCACAGAAUUUCGUUGAUUUUAACAGAAUGUAACUUACCAAUAAUGACAGGUUUUGGUAUUUCACAAGUAAUUAGGGCAAUGGGACCGCCAGUUUCAAAUAUACCAAUUGUUGUCUUGACUGCUUUACCUAUAGAAGAAAUACAAAAUAAAUGUAUCGAGUCAGGAAUAAAUGAUUACCUCGCAAAACCUCUUAAAAAUGAAGAGCUUGAAAAAGUUCUAACUAAAUGGAUUGUUGAGAAUUAG